AUGGCGAUAUGGCCCUUCGGUCGCAAAAACAAGCGACACACGAUCCAAGUCAGCCCAGACGAGGCCGCCACUCUCCAGUCGUCGUUGGAGGAGCAGGACCCCCAGGAGCCCGACAUCGAGCCAACGUUGGGUCGCAAACUUUCCCGAAGACAAUCCAAGCGCCACAGUGUUGCGCGACCCGAUGGUACGGAUAGCAUCCGCGGCUCGGCACGCGCCCCUUCCCAUCGCCCGAUCUCGUCCCUGGAUGCUCGCAAUUCUGACGCCGGCUAUGAUCGUGUCGAGCGUGACAAUCUUCAAUCGCUGCCUCGCAACGAACCCCUCUACGAGCACCAGCCCCCUCCGCGCCCUGUGUCUCGCACUGGGUCAGUGCUAAGGCGCAAACCAACCCAAAAUGGCCCAAAUAAACUCAAGAAAAGCAAACGCAGGACCGACGAGGCUAUGAGGGAGCGCGAGAUUCGUAUGCUAUCGUCUACUCCCAUCGAUAUCCCGCGCCGGUCAUUUCCCGCAGGUGGUGAUUAUGGGAUGGAGCAGCGCCGGCGCAAAGCCAAUAGAUAUCUCUCCGAUGUCAGCCUUUCGAUUCGCGAUUCUGCCGCGUCCUCCAUUUCGGAUGCCUCCGACCCCUACACCUUCAAGGUCAACGCGUUUGCCGCGCUGACUCCGCGCCCUGUCGUUCGCUACGUCGAAGCGCCGCGACUUCCGACUGCAAAAAGCCAGAAUGCGCCUUCGACCCGAGAACAAAAAGAGAGACUGCAGGCGAUGACAAUGUCGCAAGAAGAGCUAUAUUACUCCAAACGACGCGUGAACGAGCUGGCCGAUUCCCUUGAUGCAGGCUCCCUGAGGGAGUUGUUAGAGCGGGACCGCCGUCGCCGCGAGAAGAAACAAAUCGACGACCAAGAAAAGCUCCGACGCAAACUCCAAGAAAGAGCCGACGCCCAGCGAGUCGAGGAAGAACAACGGGCUGCCGAAGAGGCGGCGGCAGCUGCGCCUGCGAUUGCUGUUGCAGAGACCCAGGAUGAAGCUAGUCGAAAAGACGAUUCAGCAUCUGCCGCAGCCGCACCAGAGCAAUCGGGGUCGUGGCUAAGGGGUGCAUCCAAAGGUAGUGAGGUCACUAGACGUGAAUCAGUCGAGAGUUCCCGCGACCCUUCUGUCCGUGACCAGCGACUGGCUGCUCGUCCGAGCUUUGCGCAGUCCCACGAGAUGGGCAUGUCGCGCACAACUCUUUCUCCCCACUCAUCUGUCCGGCACGGGCUUAGUAGCCCCAGCCAAUCGCAAAACUUUGGGCUUGGCUCAACUUCGGAUAUUUCCAGGACGGUGGAUUCGGAGCGCCGGCCGUCUGAUACAAGUGGUCGCCGCGGCAAUGCCAUCUCGUCUUUGUUCCGACGUGGUUCUUCUCGCCUCAAGCGCCGUUACCGCGAGCGAUUCCAGGACACCAGCCCUGAAGUCUCCAACGCCUCGCACGAAUCCUUCUACAAAAUCCAAACCCAAUCCUCCCCACCUCCCGCAGUGGUGCCCCCUCCCCGCACAUUUGUUGCCAUUGGAACCGUUAAACGCUCCCAAUCCAAAUUCACCGAACACUUUGGCGACGAGCCGCUGUCGCCCUCUGAAUCGCGUUUGCAGUCUCCGAUUAUCCCCGAACAAGUCCCGGAGUCAUCCAUGGAGAACGAGGAAGAGAAGCACGAGAUGUCUUCUCUGAAUGAACCUGCUCCCAGCGCUGGCAUCGAUAUUAAAAACCCCCGCCGAGAUCGCCACCAGUCCUGGACUGCCGAGAGCUUCGACGCGGAAUCGGAUAAUGUCCCGCUUUCGCAGUCUCUCGCGUCGAUUGACUCUGAGGGGUCAUGGAUGUCGGGCCAGUUCUUCCGUCGAAUGUCGCAGAAACCGAGCAGCCCUGUUCGCGCAAACAUUGACUCAUUGGGUCCUAUGCCGACGGAUGGGCCCGCCGACACUCCCGAUGAUAUACAGGAGUCGGUGGAUUCCCGUCGUCCUAGUAGCCAGAUGAUGGGAGAGCCCGAGCUGGAUAAUGAUCUGGCCGGUGCCGAUGCCAGCAAACCGGCAGAGACAUGGCACAGUGAAGUUGGUCGCCGACCGAUUCUCGUGAACCCCAUCGUCCGCCCCAAGUCCACCCAGGGUAUGCUGAAGACUUCCCUGUCACCCAUCUCUGCCGAGGAUGACUUCAGCCCCGAGGAGGAGCCGAUCCCCAUUGCCCUUCAACGGGUGCCCAGUGCCAAAGCCGAAAUUGGGCAUGUCGAGACGGAUGGUUUCAUAUAA